UAUUUAUGUUAUUUUUGUUAAUGUUUACGACAUGACACAAUAAGAUAAUUUCUUUCUACUUCGUUCUACUAACCUAGGUCACACUUCUUUUAUCCAAAACUGCGCUUCCCUAGAUUCCGCUGUACCCCCGAGGAGCUUGAGGCAUCCGUCAAUCACACUACGUAUAACUCGCCAUGGCCUCGGGCGGUGGCCGCAAAUGGCAACAAUUACUACAGGAGCUAGUAAUGAUUGCUGGCACUUCCCUUUCCACCUAUUUCGUCGUCCGAUUCCUCCUCUCCAGGGUCGAAUUCGACCCCGAUAGCCAAAAGCAUGAGGAGGCAAAGCGGAAAUCCGCGGCCAUCUUGCGAAGACUCGACAGCCCUGAUGAUUCUGACGACGAAUCGUCCAAGUCAAAAAAAAGUUCGUCACGGAAAAGGAAGCAGAGGAAGGAGGACCUCGUUCUCUCGCAAUAUGAACAGACCAUCGCGAUGGACGUUGUAGCGCCUGAAGAUAUCCCUGUAUCCUUUAGUGACAUUGGUGGACUGGAGGAUAUCAUUGAAGAAUUGAAAGAGUCGGUCAUAUAUCCGCUCACCAUGCCACAUCUAUAUUCAACCACAUCAUCACUCCUCAGUGCACCCUCGGGGGUGCUCCUAUACGGACCACCUGGCUGUGGCAAGACGAUGUUGGCAAAGGCGCUGGCGCACGAGAGUGGAGCUUGUUUUAUAAAUCUUCACAUCUCAACCUUGACAGAAAAAUGGUACGGCGAUUCGAACAAGCUGGUCAACGCCGUCUUCUCUCUGGCGCGCAAAUUAGAGCCGAGCAUCGUCUUCAUCGAUGAGAUCGAUGCAGUACUGGGGACACGGCGGAGCGGCGAACACGAGGCCAGCGGCAUGGUCAAGGCUGAGUUCAUGACACACUGGGACGGGUUGACCUCGUCCAACACGUCAGGGCAACCACAGAGGGUUCUCAUCCUUGGCGCGACAAAUCGAAUCCAGGAUAUCGACGAGGCGAUUCUCAGACGCAUGCCGAAGAAAUUCCCUGUCACCCUUCCACCGGCCGCGCAGAGAUUGCGGAUAUUAGGGCUUAUCCUUAAGGAUACAAAGAUAGACCGGGAAAAUUUUGACCUGAACUUCCUCGUCAAAGCUAUGGCGGGGAUGUCUGGCAGUGAUAUCAAGGAAGCCUGCCGAGAUGCCGCAAUGGUACCUAUCCGAGAGCUAAUACGAUCGAAACGGGAUUCGGGCACUACGAUGGAAACUGUGGAUCCCGAUGAAGUGCGUGGUUUGCGAACGGAAGACUUUUUUAAACGAGCAGGUAGCGUGAAGGCUGCCAACCAUAGCGGUAGUAAUGGUGCUAUUAACCGCAAAUCCAUACUCACGAAAGCCGCGAGCAGUGAGCCACCUUCUGAAAAAGAGUGGACUACUGAUUCUGAAGGAGGCGGUGAUGGGGUUGUUGAACCGGAAUUUAUCCCAAUAGAUAAAUGAUUUAUUGGGCUUCCCCGUCAGGGCGCACAUCUAUUACCUUAUUUUAUACCAUCCAUACACGUAUAUAUACUCCGUUUUUUCAGCAUUUCUUUCUAAUUAUGAAAUCCCACUCUUAUUCAUUCUUCGGGAAGUGUGUACAGUAUGAUAUCCUUUCCUAACGGUGGCAAUUAUGGGAAGAUUUGGGAUCUUGUUCGAAUUAUCAUUGGCUAUCAUAUAGAAAUGAGAGGGCGUUCUAAC